AUGAGCGAUUCUGAAUCCGAUGCCGGUGAGCUGGAAAAGGGAGUGGAGCAUUUCAAUGGACCGGUGGAAAAUGCGUGGCUGAUGAAAAUUCCCGAGUUCAAACCCGAAGACAACCCCAAUGGGCUGGUGGAGGAGAGUUCGUUUUCAUGUCUGUUUCCAAAGUAUCGCGAAAAGUACGUCAAGGAAUGCUGGCCACUGGUCGUUAAGGCGCUCGGGACACACCACAUCAAGGCCGAUCUGGAUCUCAUCCUUGGUAACAUGACCGUGCGGACCACUCGCAAAACGUGGGACCCAUUCAUCAUCAUCAAAUCGCGCGAUCUCAUCAAACUGUUGUCCCGAUCGGUACCGUUCGAACAGGCGGUAAAAGUGCUCGAGGAUGAAAUUAGCUGCGAUAUCAUCAAAAUCAAAAACCUCGUACGCAACAAGGAGAAGUUUGUUAAACGCCGCAGUCGACUGAUUGGACCGAAUGGCUGUACACUGAAAUCGCUGGAAUUGCUAACGAAUUGUUACGUGCUGGUGCAGGGUGCCACUGUUUCGGCGAUCGGGCCUUAUAAGGGUCUCCAGUGCGUCCGGAAGGUGGUGGAAGAAACGAUGAAAAACAUUCACCCGAUCUACAACAUCAAAGCGCUGAUGAUAAAGCGCGAGCUGAUGAAGGAUGAAAAUCUGCAGGAGGAAAAUUGGGAACGUUUUCUGCCCCGGUUCCAGUCGAAGAACACUUCCAAACGGAGCAAACCGAAGGUGGUCAAGAAGAAGAAGGAGUACACACCUUUCCCACCACCGCUGCAGGAAAGCAAGAUCGACAAACAGUUGGCUUCCGGUGAGUACUUCCUCACCGAUGAGCAAAAACGGUCCAAAAAGCGGCAGGAACAGGUGGCCAAGGAGAAACGCAACGCCGUUGUGCAGAAGCAACGUCGCGAACAGGACUUUGUCGCACCGGAGGAAACGAGCAAAAGAUCGAACGGUGCCGCCAACACGUCCGACAAACUCGACGUAAAAUCGUUGAAAAGUAAAAUUGCAAAAGCCAACAAACGGGCCGGCAAAGACAAAGUGAGCACGGUUAAGAAAAGUAACAAAAAGUGA